UCAGACACUGCUCCCACCUUAUCCAACUCAGUCCCUCUCAAAAUCAGCAUAUACCUUCGCAUGGAUCCCUUUGAUUACUCUUCAACCCAACACCAAGGAUCAACAAAGAAACAAUCAUUUUAAUCCACAGUUUCCUCAAAAGCACAAAGAAAAACAUUCAUGGCUUGUGCAGCAACAAGACCCACCUUCUCUUUCCACCUCUCAUCCUCUUUCCCUCAAUCCUCACCGCCAAAACCCAGACCCCAUUUCAUCAAACUCUCAAUCCUUCACAAGCCCCACAGGCUGAUCAGCACCGCACACUCCAUUGACAUAUCCAAAGAAGACACGCCCACAUCAAGCGAGCAACCAGCUUCACCCCCUGAAGAGCCGCAAGAAUCUCAAGAAAAGAUCGACAAGCGCCGCCUGGAAGAGAAGUUUGCGGUGUUAAACACCGGUAUCUACGAGUGCAGGUCUUGUGGCCACAAGUACGAUGAAGCGGUGGGAGACCCGUUAUAUCCGAUACCGCCGGGUCUGCAGUUUGAUAAGUUGCCGGAGGAUUGGAGAUGCCCGACUUGUGGGGCGGCGAGGAGCUUCUUUGAGAGUAAGAGUGUGGAGAUUGCUGGGUUUGCCGAGAACCAACAGUUUGGGCUUGGAGGAAAUGCUCUGACUUCUGGGCAGAAGGCUGUGCUUAUAUAUGGGAGCUUGUUGGUUUUCUUUGUGUUGUUCUUGUCUGGGUACUGGCUGCAAUAGUUUGGAAUUGGAGAGGGAAAGAUAUGGGUAACAGGCUUCAUCAAGCAAAUAUAUAUUGUCGAUUGAUAUCAAUCAAAAAUUGAUCAUUUGGUGGUAUGUGCUCCACUGGUUAGCUGUGUUACAAGUAACUAAAUCUAAAUUUUAAGAGCAAUGGAGGAGUUGCAGUAAGGUUUUCCAGCUGAAUCCACUGCAUUUAUGCUGUUCGAUGCAUGGUAUUAUAGAAGUCUAAAUGAUGCGGGAUGAGAAAUGAAUAAUUGGAUCUUUUAGUUUUAUUUAGGUUAUUAGUAAUUAAUUUAUGUUUUAAUUAAUUUUUAUUAGUUAAGGGUGUUAUUUUGUAAUUCAAUAAUGGGUUUGGCUCAAAGUCAGUCAAAUUAGGGUUAGGAUUUUGGUCAGUGUCUAUUUAAGUGUAUUUUUUUUUUUUGUUAUAAUCCAAUGAAGACAUAAUAGAAUUGAAUAAUUGAUGAAUGAACAGAUUUAUUCUUUGA